AUGGAUUUUUUAUCCUUCAUCUUCGUCCUAAGUACUCUUUUAUUAUCUUCAUCACAAAUCCAUGCAAGAGAGAGCAACUUCUUCACCACCACCAUCAACAACAAUGGUGAUAUUGAACCAAAAUUCAUGCCUGAAAAUGAAAAUGAGUAUGGUGUUCAUGGUCAUCAUGAAUCUGGUCCUGUGGCUUAUGUUACUGUCCCUCAAGAAACCAACUUCAUGAAUAGUGAAUUCACUAUUCAUGACGACAACGGCAACAAUUACAGAUCCAGGACGGUCGGCUCAAGGGCUACCGACUUCAUUGAGCCAUCCGAUGGCGGCGAUUACCACUACAACAAUAAAGAUGAGCUGCGCAACUCGAGUGAACGAAGAUUAAUGGAGAAAGGCUAUGCUACCACCAACUCAACUGACAAUAGUGGCAAGGCUGAAAGGGUGCAGCAGCAGGGCACGAAUGACACAGAGAGUUCUCAGUUAGAUGAUAUGGGACAUGAAACUUUUCGCACCUAUCGCGGGAAUGUAGUAGAUAACCCAGCUGAAGAGCCCUCCUCCAUGCCUUGA